CGCUAUGGGGUGGCUAUGGGGAGCUAUGUGGUGGCUAUGGGGCUCUAUGGGUCGCAGUGGGGCACAGAAGGGGCGGGGCUACACUCACAGUGGGCGUGUCCCCACGUGGCCCCUCCUCUUCCGGUAGAGAAAGCCCCGGAAGAACCUCCUGCAAAACUAUUGGACGAUCUCUUCCGGAAGACCAAGGCUGCGCCGUGCAUCUAUUGGCUGCCGCUGACUGACAGCCAGUUCUCUCAGAAGCAGGCGGAGCGCCAGGCCAGAGCCCGGGAAAGGGAACGGCGCCGCAAGGAACAGGAAGAGGCGGAGCUUCGAGCCCGCAGCGGGCGGGGCCACGACAAAAGGGGCGGGGCUUCCGGUCGCGAUCGCCAAUCCGGAAGCGGAACCUCGCAACCUUCGGCCAAUCAGAGCGCGACCCCAGGCUCCGCCCCUCGCUCCAAGAGGCGGAGCCGCAGCCGCAGCACCCCGUUAAGGGACCGGGGGGGGCGGCGCUGAGCCCCAAAAUCGGGGGGUUUUCACCCAAAAUCGGGGGGUCCGCCCUCAAUUUGGGGCCGUUUGGGGUCUGAGCCCCUCAGAUUUGGGGUUUAGGGUUCAAAAAUGGGAGUUUUUGAGCCCAAAUCCAGGCGUUCAGACCCAAAAUUGGGGGCUGAGACCCCAAAAUUUGAAGGUUUGACCCAAAAUCGGGGGAUUUUGACCCAAAAUCCGGGGGUCUCCCCUCGGUUUGAGGCCGUUUGGGGUCUGAGCGCCUCAGAUUUGGGCUUUCGGGGUCCAAAAAUGGAUACUUUUGACCCAAAAUCAACAGAUUUAAGCCCAAAUGUGAAGUUUUGACCCAAAAUCUGAAGGUUUUGACCCAAAAUCUGAGGUUUUUCACCCAAAAUCUGGAGGCUCCAACCCGGCUUUGGGCUCUGAGCGCCUCAGAUUUGGGCUUUGGGGGUAAGAAAAUGGGAUUUUGGACCCCAAAAUGGAAGCAUUUGGACCCAAAAUCGGGGCACAAAGGCACCAAAUCCAGGGGUUUUGCCCAAAACUUGAAGAUUUUACCCCAAAUUUGGGGGCUUUUGUCCCAAACUUUGGGCUCUCAGCCCGGCUUUGGGCUCCAAAUCGCAGUUUUGACCCAAAAUCGGGGUAUUUCCACCCAAAAAUCGCCGGAUCCCGGCUCAGAUUUGGGAUCAUUUGCCUCAAAACCCCUCAGAUUUGGGAUUUUGGGGUGAAAAACCCCAUUUUUGCCCCUAAAAUCGGGGGAUUCAGGCCUCAAAUCUGGGGGUUCAGACCCAAAAUGGCGACUUUGAGCCCCCAAAUUCCCCUUUUUGGACCCAAAUGUGGGGUUUUGCACUCGGAUCUCGACGCCCCCGACCCCAAAUUUGGGCUCUGCACCCAAAUCUGCGCCUUUCGCCCCCAAAUUCGCCUCUUUUCACCCCAAUUUUUGCCUCCCAGCCCCGAAUUUGGGAAAUCCUGACCCCCAAAUUUCAGCUUUUUGGCCCCAAAACGGCGCCGUUUGGACCCAAAAUGGCGGAUUUUGAAACCCAAAUUUGGGGCCUUUUGGACCCAACCCGGGGGCUUUUGGGGGCGGAGCGGCGGCGCUGCACCACGGAGACCCGGCAGGAUGGGGAAAUAAAGGCGGAGGAGAAAAACGGC